AGCACAUCUUGUCCCGAACCCCCAAGCACAUCCUCAUCUUCACCCUAGUCUCCCCAGUCUCCCCAGAAGAACAUGAAGCUGUCGAUUCUGUCGACCUUCGUCGCCGGCGCUGCCCUCCUCCAGCAAGCGGGAGCAAGCCCCCUCCGCGUUGUCGUCGUAUCUAACGGGCCCGCGGAUGUGGCCCAGCACAUCCGCGUGGGCAGGCCCGCCGCCGAGCACGGUGCGAUGCUCAUGCCCGACUUCGCUGUCAUGCACAGCGAGAUGAGCGCCGAGCAUGGUGCCCGCCCCUGCCACGGUCGUGGGCGCGGGCGCUUCAACCAGAAGGCGAUCGAGAUCUCGAACGCAUUCCGCCAGGCGCUCGGCAUGCCCCUUAUCGAGAUGCAGCAGCCCGAGCACCACCGUCAUCACCACGACGGGCCCCACCGCGCCGAGCAGCGUCCCCACCACGGCCAUGACCAGGAUGGUCCGGAGAUGCGCAUCAUGGACGUGGAUGGCAAGCCCGUGGAUGGCGGCGAGGCGCGGAUGCCCCCGGGCCCGCACCACCAUCACCACCACCGCAUCCACUUCCACCACCACGAGCCAUCCUUCCUCCGCCGUGUUCACUUCGCGCUUAUGACCCUCGGUCCCUGGGAGGGUCGUGCCGUUGCCUUUGUCCUUGGUUGCGGUAUUGGCGUUUUGCUGCGGAUGCUCUGGGUCCUCGCUGUCGUUGGUUAUCGCACUGUCCGGGGCGAGAGUGAGGAGGCAGAGUACCAGAUCGUCUGCGAGCAGAUCGAGGACGCCGAGAAUAUCGUCGUGCCCCCUCCUAACUAUACGCUCGUGGAAGAGAAGAUCGACUACGAUGCGAAGGUUGCCCCCGAGGAGAGGAAGUAGACCAAUAUCUUCUCCCUAUUUCUCAUUCCCCAUCUCCCCAUGGUCCGCAGGCAACGGUCCCCCAUCCCACCCUCAAAGUCGCACUCAGCCACUUAACCGGACGUGUAUUGCUUAGCAUUCAUCCGACGGCGCACAUUGCCUAUGUCGCUCCUUAGCUCCUUGUUCCUGUUUACUGCUUGGGACUGCUAUUCUGGGAGUACAGCUAUCUGUCUCUCGAUCUAGCUGGUCCCCAACGUGUACCAUACAGUUGCUAACUUAUAUCUGGGCAAUCCAAUCUACUGAGAUUGCUCAACGAGUCCAA